CCCCCCGCACCGCGUAUGACGGGCCCCGCCCCCAUUCACAGCGCCGUGUUCCGCCCUCGCCCGUUACAGCCGUUAACGGCCCCGUAUCGCCCCCCCCGCCAUGGCUGGUCUGAGGGACGCCAGUGUCCGGACUGGCCCCGCAGCUACAGAAUAACGUCAGUGUUUUGCUCCAGAUCGUCCCACUGUUCCACAGGAAAGGCAAUGGCUGCAGCAGAGUUAUCUGAGGCGCCAUUGACUUUCGAGGAGGUGGCUGUGUAUUUCACCGAGUCAGAGUGGGCUCUGCUGGACCCCGUUCAGAGAGCCCUCUACAGAGAUGUCAUGCAGGAGAACUAUGAGUUUUUGGCCUCACUGGGAUUUCCAGUUUCCAAACCAGAUGUGAUCUCCUGCCUGGAACGAGGGGAGGAGCCAUGGGUCCCAGACCUCCAGGACUCUGAGGAAAGAGAAACCCCGAGAGACACCUGCACAGCUGAUGAUGGGAUGGUGAAUGAGAAUGAGGAGGAGAAUCCUCAAGAAGACGAUGCUGAGCAAGUAGAAGCACAUGAGACGUUAUCGGAAAGAUCCAAAGGGAAUGUUUCUUGGAGCUGUGCACAGGCAAAUGUCUGUGAGAGUCAGCACAGACAAGAGAAAAAGUUCAGUAGAGGCUCUGACCUUAUUAGACAUGAGAGAAUCAACACCGGAGGAACACCCUACAUCUGCCUGGAGUGUGGGAAAACCUUCAAACAUAACUCAGUUUUUAUCAUACAUCAGAGAAUCCACACUGGAGAGAGACCAUACACAUGCCCCGAGUGUGGGAAAAGCUUCAGUCGCAGCUCAAACCUUAUCACACAUCACAGAAUCCAUACAGGGGAGAAACCCUACACUUGCCAUGAGUGUGGGAAAAGCUUCAGUCGGAGCUCAGAGCUGAGGAUACAUAGGAGAAUCCACACAGGAGAAAGACCCUACAUUUGCUGUGAGUGUGGGAAAAGCUUCAUUCGGAGCUCAGAGCUUAAUAAGCAUCAGAGAAUCCACACUGGAGAGAGACCUUACAGAUGUACUGAGUGCGGGAAAGACUUCAUUUAUAGCUCACAGCUUGUCACACAUCAGAGAAUCCACACUGGAGAGAGACCGUACUCAUGCCCUGAGUGCGGAAAAGGCUUCACUUCUAGCUCACAGCUUGUCUCGCAUCAGAGAAUCCACACAGGAGAGAGACCCUAUUCAUGCCCUGAGUGCGGGAAAAGCUUCAGUUCUAACUCACAGCUUGUCUCACAUUGGAGAAUCCACACAGGGGAGAGAUCCUAUUCAUGCCCUGUGUGUGGGAAAAGCUUCACUCAUAGUUCCCAGCUUAUCACACAUCAGAGAACCCACACGGGAGAGAAACCAUACACAUGUCCUGAGUGUGGGAAGAGCUUCAGUCGGAGUUCAAACCUUAUCAUGCAUCAUAGAAUCCACACAGGUGAGAAACCCUACACUUGCCUUGAGUGUGGGAAAAGCUUCAGUCGGAGCUCAGAGCUGAUCAGACAUCAGAGAAUCCAUACAGGAGAGAGACCUUACACUUGUCCAGAGUGCAGGAAAAGUUUCACUCGGAGCUCAGAUCUUAGUAAGCACCAGAGAAUCCACACUGGAGAGAGACCCUACAGAUGCCCUGAGUGCGGGAAAGGCUUCCGUUAUAGCUCACAUCUUGUCUCACAUCGGAGAAUCCACACAGGAGAGAGACCCUACUCAUGCCCUGUGUGUGGGAAAAGCUUCACUGAUAGUUCACAGAUGAUCACACAUCAGAGAAGCCACACAAGGGAAACCCCGUUCACAUGUCCUGAGUGUGGGAAAGGCUUCAGUUGGCACUCAAACCUUAUCACACAUCAGAGAAUCCAUACGGGAGAGAAACCAUACAUAUGUCCUGAGUGUGGGAAAAGCUUCAAUCGGAGAUCAAACCUUGCCGCACAUCACAGAAUUCACACAGGGGAGACACCCUAUAGCUGCCCUGGGUGUGGGAAAAGCUUCAGUCGGAGCUCAGAGCUUAUCAUACAUCAGAGAAUCCACACAGGAGACAGACCCUACACUUGCUGUGAGUGUGGGAAAAGCUUUAUUCGGAGCUCAGAGCUUAUCAUACAUCAGAGAAUCCACACUGGAGAGAGACCCUAUAGAUGUUCUCAGUGUGAUAAAGGCUUCAGUUAUAGCUCACAGCUUGUCUCACAUCAGAGAAUCCACACAGGAGAAUAACGCUAUACUUGUAUUCAGUAGGGCUGUCCAAAGAUUUUUUUGUUUCUUUUUUGUUGUGGAUUUUUUGGUUGGUUGGUUGUUUUUUUAAUAUAUUGGCUAAUUCCCACAUAUUGAUCUUUAAGGUUGAUUGCACCAUUUCCUUUACUGUUGACUCCCAGCUCCCCUCGGGUGAGUUGCUGCCUUCUACCUUUUGCAGUUCACCUUACUUAGGGGUGAAUCCUGUGAUCCUUUCUAUGAACUCCUUUGUCUUAUGAGUUAUGGGAAUGUGUCCCCCUCCUGGCAGAAAUAUCCAUCAGUCCGAGUUGGGGGAGAGAGGGUUGACCUCAUCUAGCUACAGUGAGAUAAAAACUGUGCCUUGUCUCCACUAGAACUGUACAUUGAGUUAGGCCAUGUCUACACUACCACUUAUGUCGGCAAAACUUAUGUCACUCAGGGGUGUGAAAAAAGCCCACACUCUUGAGUAACAUAAGUUUUGCCAGCAUAAUUGGCAGUGUGCACCGCGCUAUGUCAACGGGAGAGCUUCUCCCACUGACAUAGCUACCGCCGCUCAUUGGCGGUGGUUUAAUUAUAUCAAUGGGAAAGCUCUCUCCCACCAGCAUAGAGCAACUACACAAGAGAUCUUACACCAGCACGGCUACAUCAGUACAGCUGUGCCACUAUAAGGUCUCCAAUGUAGACACGGCCUAAAUUGCUCAAAUUAGCUAUCUUGAUGUAAAAACACAGCUCUUUUCAGGGCAGACAUAACCUGGGUGCAGUGGUUGUGGUUAGCUUUCCCCUUGUGCUGACCUGAUCUCCAUCACUCUUCAGCCUGGGCUAUGCUGGGAGGGUUGAACUAAGAUACACAACUUCAGCUACACUGUUCAUGUAUUCACUAUUCAAGUCGAAGUAUCUUAGUUCAACUUACCUAGCCGUCCUCACGGUGGUGAGUCGACUGUGGCGGCUCCCCCGUCGACUCUGCUUACUCUUGUUCCCAAGGUGGAGUACAGGUAUCAAUUCAGGGAUCGAUCACUACCACAUGUCAAGGUUCCUUCCCCACUCUGAACUCUAGGGUACAGAUGUGGGGACCUGUAUGAAAAACCCCCUAAGCUUAUUUUUACCAGCUUAGGUUAAAACUUCCCCAAGGUACAAACCAUUUUACCUUUUGCUCCUGGGCUUUAUUGCCGCCACCACCAAGCGUCUAACAAAUAUAUAACAGGGAAAGAGCCCGCUUGGAAACGUCUUUCCCCCAAAAAAUCCUCCUAAACCCUACACUCUCUUUCCUGGGGAAGGCUUAAUAAAAAUCCUCACCAAUUUGCACAGGUGAACACAGACCCAAACCCUUGGAUCUUAAGAACAAUGAAAAAGCAAUCAGGUUCUUAAAAGAAGAAUUUUAAUUGAAGAAAAAGUAAAAAAAUCACCUCUGUAAAAUCAGGAUGGUAAAUACCUUACAGGGAAAUGAGAUUCAAAACAUAGAGAAUCCCUCUAGGCAAAACCUUAAAUUACCAAAAGACACAAAAACAGGAAUAUACAUUCCAUUCAGCACAACUUAUUUUAUCAGCCAUUUAAACAAAACAGAAUCUAAUACAUAUCUAACUAGAUUGCUUAUUAGCCCUUUACAGGAGUUCUGACCUGCAUUCUUGCUCUGGUCCCGGCAAAAAAACCACACAGACAGAGAGAACCCUUUGUCGUCCUGUCCCGUCCCCCCCCCCCCCGGUUUGAAAGUAUCUUGUCUCCUCAUUGGUCAUUUUGGUCAGGUGCCAGCGAGGUUAUCUUAGCUUCUUAACCCUUUACAGGUGAAAGGGUUUUUUCCUCUGGCCAGGAGGGAGUCACAAUAGCUUCUUCUCUCCAUGUUCUAUCUCUCCAGCUCCUGAAGUGUCACAUGAAGCACUGUUCUCAGCUCUCUGUGCUUAGGUAUCAUGCUCUGAUCCUAAAUCAGACUUGUUGGGGCUGGAAAUGAGUGUCACAGACCUACAGGGGGAAUUUGAAAAGAUCCCAAACAGAUUAACCUUUCUGUGCUUUAAUCCUUGUUUCUGUCUAUUAGCAAAGUUGCUUUCAGGAUUUUUCCAGCUGAGCUGGGAUUGUUUCCAGAUGGGAAGGAACUAGCAUGACAGAAUAGUAAUGAGGUGAUGCUGAGUGAAGAAGGUUUGAAUGGAUCAGAGGACAGCGCAAUAGGAAAAUCUAUUCUAAUUUGGCAUUAUGAGAUGUAAGAUGCUCUGGAAUUUCAUUUUAUAUGAUACUGAAACUAUCUUAUUCUCUUGUGUGUUUUGGGUUUCUCUCUUUCCUGAGGGCAUUUGAUAACAUAAGUGGACUUUAGUUUCUUUAUGAUAGGGUGAAGUUCAGUUUUUUGGUGGAGUUUGAGACAAAUGACCAUUUACUAAAACAAUUUCUUUUCAUGCAUGUCUAUUUUUCCACUCAUCCAUUAUGACAUGGAGGAAGUUCAAGAGCAGUUCAGUCGUCAGGAAUGAAUACUCAAAGCUAUUGGAUUUGCUACCAGAGAAACAGUAGCAUUUUAAAAAUUCUACAUCUAACUAAGGAAUGGAAUUGAAUAAAAAUGUGAUCAUAUAGUUUGGGUCAAUAUUGUCUUAGAUGAUUCAAGGACAAUAUUCCACAGUAAUUGAUUCGGAACUCGGCAAAAUGCCCAUGUAUUUGGGUCGCAAGGCAAUUAUGGCCUAGGCCUAACAGAAGGUGUCUUCUGAAGAUCUCUCUUUCGUAAUCAAGUGCACAUUGCGUAUUAUUUGAGAACACAGUUCCUACCGAUGCGGAGAUGGAGAAAAUGGAAGUGGUAUUUUUGCUGAGUUUACACCUUAUAGGUGCUGCAAAUGUGUAUAAAAUAAAAUCUGUUGUGAAUCUGAGAUAGCUGCAGCAGUAGAUCUAUUUUUAAUAGAUACCCCACCUUUGGUAACUUUCACGGCUUGUGAUCCAGGCUCAUAUCUUUGCCACCAGAUUAAAUAAAUAAACUGGGCAUGCUUGGUUGGGGAGGUGAUUCCUCACUCUGACUACUGAGAUUUUCUGUGAUGUGGUAAAGGAUUCAACUCCAAAGAAGUAAAGUUACCCUGGCCAUGGCUAAGGAUUAGACUAGAUUUUAAGUAGAAAUAAUAGGCACCCAGUUGUUGAUUUUUACCCCAGAGAUGGAAACUAGCGUAACUUUAGGCUCAGGUAAGCUAUUUAUUUUUAGAACACUAUCUCCUAGUUUAGUGGCAGAUUUUGGUUCAAACGGUGCUGUGGUAAGAUAUUGGGGAGUUGUCCUUUACCAUUUGGAUCCAGAGUUUUAUGAGCCAAAGAAAGAAACAGUUGAUGCCUUCAGAGGACAGCCCUUCCCCAUGGAUCCCAAUCUCGCUGUCUUGUCAGAGAAGAAGCACUUCCAUGCUGUGCAAGUGAUGAUAACCAAUGAGGGAAUGAAUGUCAGACUCCCAAGCUCAGACUGCAGGACUGAUGACUGUUGAGUCCUGAUUCCAUGGUUCUGGCUCUCAGUUUUGCUCCCAUGCCCUAUGAAUUUGCAUUGCUUCUCCAUCUCCUGCAACUUUGAAAGAUUAGAAAUUGUGAAAAUAGAAUACAAGUGCUUUUUCUCCUGAUGAGAACACAUUUGAGAUGACGUCCACCAACACUUAUGACCGAAGACCCAGAGAGAAAUGAGCUCCCAGAAAUAGAAGGCACCUAUGUUAGUACAGAACACAACUUUACACAAGACUUACUUGGUGGAAAAGGGGAUUCAGAGAAAACUAACACAGAUGAUAAAAUUGUGUAGCCUUCAGAUAUGUUGUUACUAGUGAAAAUGGAAUUAAACAUAAAGUUUAUUGCAGAA